AUGUCUGCGGGAGACAUUGAAUAUUUGUGCUCCUUAGUGGCUGUGAAAAUACAAAAAUGUGACACUAACUACAGAGAAGCAAUAACUGUAUCCGAAAGAGUGCUGCUAACAUUGAGAUAUUUGUCAACAGGAGACUCCUAUAGCAGUCUUCAAUAUAUUUUUAGAGUAUCGAAACAAUCCAUAUCAACUAUAGUUCCAGAAACUUGUGAUGCAAUUAUAGACGCCCUCAGUGAUUACGUUAAGACACCGUCCACAGAAGAAGAAUGGCUAGCAGUAUCAAAUGAAUUUGAAAUAAAAUGGAACUUCCCACAUGUUAUAGGGGCUAUGGACGGGAAACACGUAACUCUUCAAAGGCCCAUCAAUAUAAGUACUGAUUACGACAACUACAAGAAUUUUCCUAGUAUAGUGCUCUUCGCUCUCGUGGAUGCUAAUUACAAAUUCUUGUUUGUUAAUGUCGGAAGUAAAGGGCGUAUUUCCGACGGCGGAGUUUUUAAAAAUACGAUUUUAUAUCGAAAAUUAGAAAACUGUCAACUGAACAUUCCUGAAGAGCAGAUACUACAAAUACCGUACAUAAUGAAAAUACCAUAUUUCAUAUUGGGCGACAAAGCUUUUAUGCUUACCAAAUAUACUAUGAAACCAUUUAAAGGUAAUCAUGAGGCGGGUUCCAAAGAAAGAGUGUUUAAUUACAGACUUAGCAGAGCUCGCAGAGUCGUUGAAAAUGCCUUUGGUAUUUUAAGUUCAGUCUACAGAGUCCUUAGGAAACCAAUCCUCCUAGAGCCAGAAAAAGCUACAAAAGUUGUCUUAGCAACAGUGUAUUUAUAUAAUUACUUACGAAGAAAUAACUAUUCUAUUCCACCAGAAUAUUAUGAUAGAGAAGUUGAUGGUUCAUUUAUUCCAGGUCAAUGGAGAAACAAUAUUCCAUCUACAGCACUAUUACCUCUAACGGCCAUUCCGCGCAGAGGUGCUGUUAGUGCUAAAGAUAUUCGUCUACAUUUAGCAACACAUUUUAUAACAAACGGAAUAAUUCCAUGGCAGCAUCAAUAUUAAUGUUCAACUAAUUUUGAAAAUAAACAUAAAUAAAGGACUUACGUUAUCUAUUCCGCCUUCUUUUGUAAUUCCUGUGUCAUCUUUAUUUGACAUAAAGUCAAAAUAUUUGAAACCAAACCACUUCGAUACAUAAAUUUCGACAG